GCCAGGCUGACGGAUUUAGAUAUUGUUCUUUAUGCUGCUGCGAGAGUGAAGGAUUAUUUUGAAAGUUGUGACCGGAUGUUCAUAUUUUUAUUUUGUUUUUUUCUUGACAGCUGGCGAACUGUGCGUAGCAUAGCUGCUAUUCUUAAAGAAACACCACGCAAACAUCUGACAUGUCCUUAGCGAUAUAUUUUCCUAGGACGGCAAAGUUAUGACCCGCCCUCCUCUGCCUCUGAUUGGCUGACUGUGAUAUUCUUACCAAUCACACUCCUCACGCCUAAACCUAAACAACGAAGACAACGAGUACUAGCCAAUCAGAGGCAGAGUAGGGCGGUUCAUGUCUUCGCCAUCCUAGGAAAACAAUGGCGACAUUUCCCAAUACCGUUGACGUUAAAAUCUAAACCUGCCUACAAAAAAAAUCACGUAAACACUUUUUGAUUGGUUAGUUCCGUUUACCCACGCCCAUGACAGACAGCAUUAUAUUUAUUAAUUUUUAACGCGUCGGUACCCUUUUAUCUUUUUAAUCGUUGAAGGCAACCGUUUCUUUUACAGACAGAUGCGUUAUAAAUGGGUUUGUAUUACUGUGGGUUCACUCAGUGACACAGGAAGUGCUUUAAAGCUUUUAUAUUUGAUGUGACAAAGUCAGGCCUCCACCAGCUGACAGUCACCAGAGAGAGAAAGAGAUAAACAACCGCACAUGGUGGAUACUUCUUAUUAAAAUGCCCUGAAGCCAACAAAAUCAUGCUGUUUGUAAAAGUGUGCAGACUACUUCGCACUGUGUCACUGCCAAGACACGGAGUGAUACGCCGCAGCAUGGCCUCAGACCCGACGGCAGCAGACACAACCCGGUUCGACUUUCUGGUGAUCGGCGGCGGGUCUGGAGGUCUAGCCGGCGCUCGGAGGGCGGCGGAGCUCGGCGCAGCGACCGCCGUGAUCGAGAGUCACAAACUCGGAGGUACCUGCGUCAAUGUCGGCUGUGUCCCAAAGAAGGUUAUGUGGAAUGCAGCGGUUCAUGCCGAGUAUCUCCAUGAUCACAGUGACUACGGCUUUGACAUUGAAAACGUUCGUUUCAGUUGGGAAACUCUCAAGGCCAAAAGGGAUGCUUAUGUUAGUCACCUAAAUCGCGUUUAUCGCAACAAUCUCGACAAGGCUAAAAUCCAAACUAUUCUAGGUCAUGCCAGGUUUACAAGUGAUCCUGAGCCGACUGUGGAGGUCAAUGGGAGAAAAUACACGGCACCUCACAUCCUCAUCGCCACCGGAGGGCAGCCUUCUGUCUUGAGUGAUACUGAAGUUCCAGGGGCAGGUCUGGGCAUCACCAGCGAUGGCUUCUUUGAACUUGAAAGCCUUCCGAAGCGCAGCGUCAUUGUGGGUGCUGGUUAUAUUGCAGUGGAGAUGGCAGGCAUCCUUUCCACCCUGGGAUCCAAAACAUCCCUUGUAAUUCGACAGGCAGGAGUUUUGAGGAACUUUGACAGCUUCGUAAGCACAAACUGUACCAAAGAACUGCAAAACUCCGGUGUAGAUUUGUGGAAGAACUCUCAGGUGAAGUCUGUCAGUAAAACAGACAGAGGUCUGGAGGUGACGCUUGUUACCAAAGAUCCAGAGAAGAAAAACGAGGAGGAGAAGAUCAGUACGAUCCAGGAGGUGGACUGUCUUCUCUGGGCCAUCGGCAGACGGCCCAAUACUUCUGGACUAAACAUCGGCGAGAUGGGUGUGAUUACAGAUGACAGGGGUCAUAUUGUGGUGGAUGAGUUCCAAAACACCAGUCGACCAGGGAUCUACGCAGUUGGAGAUGUUUGUGGCAAAGCUCUUCUCACACCUGUUGCCAUUGCUGCAGGCAGAAAGCUGGCACACAGACUGUUUGAGGGCAAGAAGGAUUCCAAGUUGGACUACUCGUCUAUUCCCACAGUGGUGUUCAGCCACCCACCCAUUGGUACAGUGGGCCUCACAGAAGAGGAGGCCAUCAAAUAUAAAGGAAAGGAGAAUGUGAAGAUCUACAAGACCUCUUUCACUCCAAUGUAUCACGCCAUCACUAGCAGGAAGAGUCAGUGCAUCAUGAAGCUGGUGUGUGUGGGCAAGGAGGAGACGGUGGUGGGCCUGCACAUGCAGGGCCUGGGCUGUGAUGAGAUGCUGCAGGGCUUCGCCGUGGCCAUCAAGAUGGGUGCAACCAAAUCAGACUUUGACAAGACUAUUGCGAUUCACCCCACCUCAUCUGAGGAGUUCGUCACCAUGCGUUAAUGCAAACGCAAACGGCCACCUUGCUUCCCUAUACGACCAGUAACCCAGACAAGCAUACCAGGACAGGGUCACCACACCAUACUACUACUCUCGCAUCUGCUUGACGACUUGCUUUAUAAAUCUACCUACAUGCUUCCAUUUUCUCUCAUUUAAGUGACCUUAUUUGUGCGCAGUGUUUAAUUUUUCUAAUUUUUACCUAAACGGACCAAGACCGAGUUCUGGCCUUCUUAAACUGUACUGUUGGUCUUGAUUAUUGAUUGAAUAUUCUGGAUUCCAUUUUAAUGAUUGUGAAAUGGAAGUGAUGGAUCUGCAGGUAUUGUUGUCAAGUGAUUGCACGGGAUGUCAAAUGACCUCUCUCCUAGUGUAUGUGUUUGAUUUGUCAGUCAUUUGUAAGAUGGAUAUUACAAACACUGCUGCUCCUUAAGGCACCUAUUUACUACCAAUGCAAGGUCAUAACAUAUCUACUGUACUGUUAUAAAGAAUCAAUAAACUUGCAGGUUUUUUCAUAA